AUGACCGCACGGGCCGCAGCCGCCCUUGCUCGACGCUUCGACGAACCUGAUGUCCCCGAUCACGCGCCCAAACCCCAGCACCCGUCUCCCGCCCCGACUGUGGCUCCUUCGCACGCCGCAUCCCUCUCCCCCGACGAGGCCAAACAUUCUCAACGACGAGCCGAGGCUCAGAUCCCCGCGUCUGUGACGGAACACAGUGGAGGUGAGGAGGGCAAGGUAGGGGUCAGCCCGCAGCAGGAUGUGUUCUAUCGGCCUUCGGCGGAGUCCAGUACCCACUUGUCUGGGCUCCCCAGAGUCAAAGUGCCUAAAUCCGCGAGCGACGUGCAAGUGAGCGCCAAGGAUGGGAUCAAUGCAGAUGUGUUUCACACCUCGGCGUCUACUAAGGAUGCCCCAACGGAGAGUACAUCGUCGCCUGAAGAACAGGGGGAGAUUCCGGACGAAGUGAUGAGCCAGGUUUUCCACAGUCCCAGGGUGGCUAGGGUGCUUUCGCAAAAGGCAGCUACGGACGGGUUCAACCCGUAUAAGUUGGCGGCUCAAAAGAAUGCUCCGUCUCGUGUGGAUCGUGAGACGGAGAAGGUGGAUAGUGUCGCGGCGGAUCAACCAGCGUCGCCGAUUCUCACUGAAACCCCGAGCAUCGUGGCGGAUGUGAAGAAUGAUGACGCCUAUCAGAUGACCGAAUCCCGGGUGCCCUCCUCGCGUCUUGGCAGGUUAUGGCAGUACAGUGGUCUGGCCACCUCGAUGGCUCUGGGAGCCAUGGGCGAGGGCUUCCGCAGGGCUACAGGCAGCCACGAUGACAACGCUGGGUCUGUCAUGUUCAGUGCGGGGAACAUGGAGCGUCUCGUGGCCAAGCUCUCCAAGAUGCGUGGGGCAGCCCUGAAACUGGGCCAGAUGCUGAGCUUCCAAGACUCCAAGAUGCUCCCCGACUCCAUCCAGCAGGUCCUCCAACGAGUGCAGGACCGGGCAGACUACAUGCCGGCCUCGCAACGCGAUAAGGUCCUCGCAGACAACCUCGGCCCCAACUGGCGCGACCUCUAUUCCUCCUUCGACGACGUCCCAAUGGCAGCCGCCUCCAUCGGCCAGGUCCAUGGCGCCGUACUCAAGAAGACCGGACAGCGCGUCGCCGUCAAAGUCCAGUACCCCGGCGUCGCAGACUCCAUCGACUCCGACCUCAACAACCUCUCCAUCCUCCUCACCGCCUCCCGCCUCCUCCCCCGCGGCCUCUACCUCGACAAGACCAUCGCCAACGCGCGCACCGAACUCGCCUGGGAAUGCGACUACCUCCGCGAAGCCCAAGGCGCCAACCGCUUCCGCGCCCUCCUCCACGACGACCCCACCUUCCUCGUCCCCGAAAUCAUCGCCGAAGCCUCGGGCAAACAAGUCCUCACCAUGCAACGCGUCGACGGCGUCGCCGUCACCAAAGUCCAAAACAUGACCCAGGCCCAGCGCGACUGGAUCGGCACGCACAUCCUACGCCUCUGCCUCCGCGAGAUCAUCGAAUUCCAAUACAUGCAGACAGACCCCAACUGGACCAACUUCCUCUACAACGCCGACACCAACCGCCUCGAGCUCCUCGACUUCGGCGCCUCCCGCGAGUUCCCCCGCGCCUUCAUCUCCAAAUACGUCAGCACCCUCCUCGCCGCCUCCCGCGGCGACCGCCAAACCUGCCAGCGCCUCUCCAUCGAGCUGGGCUACCUGACCGGCCACGAAUCCCCCGCCAUGGUCGACGCCCACGUCACCUCCAUCGUCACCCUCGCUGAGCCCUACAUGGCCUCGUCCCCCGACGUCUACGACUUCAGCAACCAGACUAUCACCGACCGCGUCCGCGACCUCAUCCCCGUUAUGAUCCGCGAGCGUCUCGCCCCGCCCCCCGAGGAAACGUAUAGUCUGCAUCGGAAGCUGAGCGGUGCUUUCUUGCUGUGCGCGAGGCUGGGGAGUCGCGUGCGCUGUAAGGACUUGUUCAAUGAGGCUGUUCGGAAGGCGGAGAAGAGCGGUAUGGUUCUUGAGACGCCUUUGUAG